AUGACGACGAUGAACUCGCUUCCGAGGAGGUUUGGGAAGAAUCAAGGCUAUUUGGAUCGAGAUCGAGAUCGAAGCUAUCAUCGGAACGGGAGGAGAUCUGAUUCAGAAUCCGAUGAAGAGCUAAAAGGAUUGAGCCACGAGGAGUACAGGAGGCAUAAACGGCUUAAGAUGAGGAAGUCGGCGAAGUUUUGCUUCUGGGAGAACACGCCGAGUCCGCCUAGAGACCCGAACGCGGAUUCCGACGAGAACGCCGACGAGGUUCUGGAGAAGGAUGAGAAUCCGAAAGGGAAAGGUAAAUCGGAGUCUGGAUCUGAUUCUGGGAAGUCGGAAUCUGAAUCUGAUGAUUUGAGAUCGAGGAAGAGAAAGAGUAAGAGCUCGAGGAGCAAGCGUAGGCGAAGGAGAUCGUAUGAUAGUGAUAGUGAAUCUGAAGGGAGUGAGAGUGAUUCUGAUUCGGAAGAGGAAGAUAGGAGACGGAGAAGGAAGAGUAGUAAGAAGAAGAGAAGCAGAAGCAGCCGUAGUAGUAAGAAAAGGAGAGGACAUAGGAGAAAGACGAGAUACAGUGAUUCCGAAGAGAGCAGCGAUGAAGAGGAAUCUGAGAUUAGUGCUUCGUCGUCUGGGGAUGAAGAUACAAAUUCAAAGAGCAAGAGGCGGAAGAAAUCUUCAGGUUCUAGCUCCAAACGAAGCAAGGGGAAGAAGACGAAGUCAGAAACGAGAAGCGAUGGUUCUGACUCUGAUUCGAAGGCGAUAGUAGAAGAAACUGUGCAGAUUCCCGAACUUGAUGAAGAGGAGAUGAAGAAGUUCAAAGAGAUGAUUGAAUCGAAGAUGAAAUCUUCAGCUCCGGAAGACGAGGAGGAAGAUGCUGAUGUUGGUCCAAUGCCAUUGCCUAAAGCUGAAGGGCACAUUAGUUACGGUGGUGCUCUGCGACCUGGUGAAGGAGACGCUAUAGCACAGUAUGUGCAGCAAGGGAAACGUAUCCCACGUAGAGGAGAAGUGGGUCUUAACGCUGAAGAGAUUCAGAAGUUUGAGGAUCUUGGUUAUGUGAUGAGUGGAAGUAGGCAUCAGAGGAUGAAUGCGAUUCGUAUCAGAAAGGAAAACCAGGUUUACAGUGCUGAAGACAAACGGGCGUUGGCUAUGUUUAACUAUGAGGAGAAGGCUAAGCGUGAGGCUAAGGUUAUGUCUGAUUUGUCGAGGCUUGUGCAGCGCCAUAUGGGAGAAGAGUUGGGGCCUAAUCAUGACCCGUUUGGUGCUGGAAAGACUGAUGGAGCUGAUGAUUGA